AUGGUGUUACAGCUGAAAACUAGGACGGCUAAGGAGGUGUUGGGGGAUUUGAACGUUUAUGCGCCGCCGGAACGGAUAGAGGAGAGUAUAGUGGGGGCGUUGAGGGAGCAAGGGGUUGAGGAGCCUGCGCCGUUCGUAUACAGUCACGGCCAUGGAAACGGGAACGACAAAGCAGUAGAGAAAAAACAGACAAGGGCGGAAAUGAAGGAGGAGGUGGAGGGUGAUGAUGGGCCGGAUACGGAUCCGACGACGGUGGGGAGUGAGGAUGAGGUGUAUGAGGAGUUAUUGACGAAGGCUUCGGAGGAAGCAUUAUCGAAGAAAGACUCAGAGACAUUGCUGGACCACUGCCACCUGGCCGCCUGCCACGCCAGUAUGAUGUUCCCGGACACGAUACAGGGAUUGUUACAGCACAACCCACAAAUCGCACUCCGGGUUCUCACAACAUUAUUACAUACUGAACAGAGGCAGGAUACGUUAUCUGCAAUCGCCCGCCUCCCGACCUCCCUCCCAACCCUCGAAACCCUCAACGCUCUCUUCGCCUCCGACCCCGCCCUCCUCUACACCGACAACCUCCUCCACAACUUCCUCGCGCACACAGCACGACAUCUCGAAUCACUCGAUAAAGGUGAAGAGAGGGCAAGGCGAGUGAGGUUGGUGUGUUUGUUUGUGAUGACGUUGGUGAGGGGGGAGGUUAUUGGGUUGCAGGAGUAUUGGUUAGAUCUCUGGGGGGUGUUAAGAGGGAAUUUGUGGGUUGAGGAGGCGGCGGUGGUGUUUGGGGAGGUUGGGAUGUUUGGGGAGGAGGAAGGGAUGGGCGGGUGA